GCUAUAGCUGUAUAGGUUAUAUCACGAUACUCAUGAUAUUCACAUUGAAGACGAUAUGAAUGAUCAUAAAAACAAUACAUUUUAUCGAUAUGUUGCUCAGCCCUAGGGAAAUCCUUACACUGAGACUGCAAUUAUAAUGUCGGUUAACGUUUUUUAUUUACUUUGUAUAUUUUCUGGGUUCACUGCAAUUUGCGUAAUUUAUUGAGGACAGGUAGCAUUUGUUAGAAGAUUUCAUACAAAUAUUAUAACAGCUCAUCCUUUUCAGGUUUGUAAAUCAUAGGAAAGUAAAAUGAAACACAAUUCUAAUUAUCUAAAGAAAUAUGUAUUUUAUACUUUUGUUCCUUAUUCAAAGAAAUAUGGUUGAAUGGUUUAGUGCAGGAGUGUCAAACUGCAGUCCUGGAGGGCCGGAGCCCUACACAUUUUUGGGUUUCCAUUUAACACACCUGAUUCACCUCUUUGCGCUAAUUAUCACGUCGCUCUUGAGAUGAGUCGUUUGUGGUGGAACAGGGAAAGAACUAAACUACACAGGGCUCCGGCCCCCCAGGACUGGAGUUUGACACCUCUGGUUUAGUGUGAUGCCUUCUUAUUUAUUGUGCAAAAAAUCUAUUCAUAGGCCACGUAAAAUGUAUUAGUGUGGAAAUUCGAAAUGACAGUGAUAUGUAUAGUGAUGAUGCAAUUUGAGUUUUUGGUUUCAGUUAGGAAGCCAUUGUAUUAAGGGGGUAUGGAGCUGGAGCCUGCCUCAGGCACUGGGCAGAUGGCGGGGUUGUCAGUCCAUUGCAGUUUUCACUGGUUUACUCUCUUUAAAUUAUGUAGACAUGUCCACAGAAUAUGCCAGUGGAUCCUGAGAACCAUCUUAUCGCUUGAUCUUCUUUAAUAAUCCAUUCAUCCAUUUUCCAAACUGCUUAUCCUACUGGGUCGUGGGGGGUCCGAGCCUAUCCCGGAAGCAAUGGGCACGAGGCAUGGAACAACCCAGGAACAAACCCCAUGACGACAUGGGGAGAACAUGCAAACUCCACACACAUGUGACCCAGGCGGAGACUCGAACACGGGUCCCAGAGCCAUAGAGCCUAAAUUGGAGGAGCUGAAGGGAAAAAUCAGACACCUACAGCAAGUCAAAAGGACACUUGAAGAGGAUCUGAGGGAGGCCCAGUGUCUGAGGCAUGCGCUGCAAGAAGAACAAGAUGCUCUGUGCACAGCGGCUCACCAGCUGGAGAUGACAUACAAAGAGAAAGAAGAGUCUUGCAAGGUGCUGCAGUAUAAAUGUGAGGAGCUGGAAUUUGAUUUAAAGAGAGAGCAGCAGCUGAGCAGUGAGACUGAGGACCUUGUUCAGCAGUAUACCUUUCAAAUACAAGAGAUGAAGCUGAAACACAGGAAACUACGGAUGAAAUUUGAAGGUGAACUUCAGCAGCUGAUGGCCCAGCACAAGCACCUCUACUCAGUUUAUGUUUCAGGAAGCAUGUAGCCUCCCAGGCGGUUAUAGCUCUCUGGAGGUUCUAGCUCAGGUUAUUCAUGACUCGGUGCUUCAUGAACUGUCGAGAUGAGGAGUAGCUCUCGUACGUGCCCUCCGCAUAGCUGUGCCUCUUGAACGCAUUCAUUUCCAUCUGGCGGGAGGCCAUCAUUGGUCUGCCUUGGUCCAGGAAAGAUCGUUCCAUCCUGGAGAAUUUAUUGCUUGACAUCUGCAUCUGGCCUAAAUCUUUGGUUGCGUGGCGAAAGGGGUCUUCCAACCUGAAUGAACGAUCAACAUCCAUUCGUUCUCCAUAGGGGUAUCCAGACAGCUCCCCGUGAUGGGCUGUCUCCAAGUGCAGGUAUGGGACGCCUCUGGGGUUUCUUAGUGACUGGGUCCUUUUAAAAGCAAACUGGCUGCCAUAUUUGCCGACAUCCCCUGGAAAUGGAGCCAGGGCGUUUUCCAUGACCAGAGGCUUAGACUGAGCAAACAGAAUCCGAAACUCCUCAUCAAACGUGGUCACCAGAUCCCCGAGGAAAAGGUGAGCGAUGCAGCGGUGGAUCUUCUCAAACGACCACAUGAAGCUGUGAGAGGAGCAGAGAAGAAAGUGAAAUGCCUCGGUCGGUGAACAAGUGGAACACGUGAGCCGUAACAUUAAAAAUGUAUCUGAAACAUUUGUAUUGUUAACAGUGUAAAUAAUAAAUGCACAACAUAGCCAUUUA